AACCUCACCCGGGUCACCUCCCACGAAGAAAGAGAAGCGAGACAUUAAAGAACCUGCAGAUUCGUCCUCAAGCGAAAAACCUGCAAAUACAGCACCAGCAGCAGCAGCAACAACAACAACAACACCAAAGUCUUCUGGGAUACUAAAUUCACACUUCCCAUCGUACCACCCUCAAAAGAUCCCGUCAUCUUCGUCAGCAUCGUCGUCGUCAUCAUCGUCAUCGUCAUCAUCGUCAUUAUCAUCGUCGACCCUAAACUUGAGUCCACCGUCCCCUUAUCUGGUCCCGCCGUUCAGUAUGCUCACAGCGUUGGCAGACCCUCAUUUGUACAUCAGCCCACUGGGUGUUUCGCAGGAGAACAUCUACGAAACGGCGGCGCGUCUUCUUUUCAUGUCUGUGAAAUGGGCCAGGAAUAUACCUUCGUUUUUGCAGCAACCAUUCCGUGAUCAGGCGAUUUUGCUGGAGGAAUCCUGGUGCGAACUGUUCAUCUUGAGUGUUGCUCAGUGGUCGCUGCCAAUUGAUACCAAUUCUUUGCUGUCUGCCAACAGCUGGAGUAUGGAUUCACACCACACAGAGAAAAUUGCGUUUAUGAUGUCACAACUGCAAUUUAUGCAAGACAUCAUAGCUAGGUGCAAUGAGCUGCAUGUUGAUGCUACAGAAUAUGCGUGUCUCAAGGCCAUUAUUUUGUUCAGACCAGAAGUGAAAGGACUCCGUGACUCGAAGCAAGUGGAUCGCCUACAAGACCAAGCACAGAUAAUGUUGAACGAUUACAUUUCACGACACCACGCAGCCGUACAGCCUCGCUUUGGAAAAUUACUGCUCCUUUUACCCAGCAUUCGUUUGGUUAAUCCGCGAUCCAUCGAGGAACUAUUUUUCCGGCGAAUGAUCGGCAGUGUCCCUAUUGAAAGAUUACUAUGUGAUAUGUUCAAGUCGAGCUGAAGGGAAUUACCUCCCGAUUAUAUCUCGACGUUUCAACCCUUUGUCUGUCUAGUGUAUCACACGUGAUACACAAGACAUCUUUCCCUGGCAUCAUCUAUGCAUCAUAUAUGAUACACGCUACCAAAUUUUUUGAAACCAUCAGAGUAACUUGGGGCUUAUGAUAAGAAAGCUUUAUAUUACCCAGAACGUAUAAAACAAGGGCUACCUAAAACUCAGAAAAGAAGCACGGACUUUUAGGAGUAACUUAUAAAAAGUUGGACGGGCAAACGUUAAAAAUGUAAUAUCAAUCUGUUAUUAUGAUAAAUCAAAUGAUUGUUAUAAGACUAAAAUAAAAUGGUUAAUACACAGGUUAAGGGUUUAAAAUAGAAGUAAAUAAACCUGAAGUGACAAAAGUGAUCUCUUAUAAUUUCAUAAAGGGAGCAUAAAGACAACAAGUGAAAUUUACUAAUUUUAUUAACUCCUUCAUAUUGCAGUAUCCACCGAAACAAUAUGGAAAGUACUUUUUAGUGAUAUCUUGAAUAUUUCAGAAAUAGCAGCUGAGGUACACCGCUCCAAUGUAUUAUAUCAGUAACGAACACCAUUACUCUUUCACUCUUUUACUUGUUUCAGCCAUUUGACUGCGGCCAUGCUGGAGCACCGCCUUUAAUCGAGCAACUCGACCCCGGGACUUAUUCUUUUG